AUGCCCACCAUAGUUGCAAAGGCUGUACCUGAUAAAGUAGAAUGUCCUAUAAUAGAGAUUCCCAAGCAAGAUUUUUUUCAAGAAACAAAAACUCUCAUCGCCCAACAAUAUAAGAAAAUCAAUGAGAAUAAAGUUCAAGAUACUUCUAUAAAUGUUUUUAGAAAUAAACAUCAAAACCCCAAAUCUGGCAGAUUCAUACCUUUGGAAAUUUGGGGGGGUAAAAAAAAGGAAACACGUGAUGUGGUCCAAGAACAGAACUUCAGGCAGCACACAAAAUGAUUUGUUUCCCAAAGACCAUCCAAAAGUGGACAUACUGAGGAGUCUCCAUAACAAACUUCUUUCAAGGAGCCACACAUUUUUAAUGUUAAAAAAAAUGCAAGGAGUCUAGUUCUAAUUGUGAAAGAACAAGUUAAACUGGGUAAAAUAGUUACUAAUAUUGAACCGGUGAGUAAAAAACAGAACGAAAAGCAACAGCACCAUGGGAAGUCCAUAAUGUUGAACUCAUUAAGUGCCUCCCCCAUCAGCCACCUUGACUUGCACUUACAACCCAUAACCUCCUCUUCCACGGGGCUUCUGAAAGAAUAUGACAGAGAAUUCUGUGAUUGGAGAGAAGUUGUGUUAAAAAGAUUUUCCUGUCUGGCUUGUGACUCCAGUUGGCCUAGUUCCUCUGGAUCAUCAUCAGUAUUUCAGGAUUAUUGUAUUGCUUUGCAUCAUGGACCAAAUUUCAAAGCAGUUAUAAACAUGUAG